UUGAUAAGGAAAAUUCAGUCAGAAGCUCUCCUUUAUUCAUCUGAAUAAUUAAAUGCUGCAAAGAAAUGAGAGAGAAGUAAGGCUGUUUUCCACCACUUAAGUUCCACCAUUCCUUUUUGGAAGAAGAAAUGCAGUGUGUGUUCUUGGUGCCAUCCUACCCUAUCCCUGCAUUUAACAGCUUUGUGGUCAGGCUGGUGAGAGGCUUACUGCACUGAAGUGCUCUGGACAUAAGUUGCUCGCCUGCCUUCCCAGGCAAUCCCCAAGGAACCUUGGAAAUUACAGAGGAUUUCUUCUGAGGAGGAAUAGAUCUAUCAAGCACUGAAUAUUAUCCAAUAAGAGGCAAAAUGCUAAAGACAACCGUACUGCUACCUUGUCUCCAGCCUCAGUCCAGCUGUGCAGUAUCCAGCAGAGCCAACCCAAAUACUCACAUUAUUAAGAAGUCCAAGGUCGACACUGCAGAAGGCAAAAGCUAUUUGGCAAGGCUGCAAGGAAUGGGAAAUGAUAGUGGUCAUGGAGAGCAAGAAUGGAAAGAGCCAGCCGGAGAAAAUCUCCAGAGGGAGCCUUGGAGAGCCAAUGGGGAUGUCCUCCCCUGCAAAAGCAAUGACAAUAGGCUGGUGUCCGAUGAGACACGAGACUCUCUGUGGCCUGUUUCUGAUGAGAUAGAUUCUGGGAUUAGCAACAGGGAUGAUCAAAGUCAAGAAUGGAAAGUGGUAAAAGUGAAACGAGUUCUGCUUUCUCCUGCUGAUGAACCUCAGAAAGCGAAUAUUUCAAGAAGUGCAAGCCUUUCUGAAACAGAGCUGAAGGAGGCAAAAGCUAGGAGCCAGAGAAUUGUUGCUCAGCUGACAAAUCCACCAAGUUCCAAUUCCAAAGGGGUCCUGCUGUUUCACAGGCGCAAGCAGCGAGUGAAUGCAUUCACCUUAGGAGCCCCAAAGCCAACCAGCCAAGAACAAGUAGCUGCGGAGAACAACCCCAAAGCUAUCACUCACCAUUGCACUCUGAGCCAUGGGAAGGAAUCACAUCUGAAGCAUCUAAAACCAAACGGGGAGCUGAACGCAUCAUCCUGCAUCCAGAAUUUUGGACGCUGGGGGCAAAAAGUCACCAUGGAAAAAUAUGAGGAGAGUCUGGGUGUGGAACAACCCCUAGAUAACGCACAGGGCCUUCCAGGGAAUAAAGAAAACAGUGAGAAGAUUCUUUAUUCAACUAACCCAAUGUUGUCCUCUAAAGAUAUUCCAGAUGAAGAAUUUCAGCAGAUCCCACUCAGCGUAUACCUUAAGGAGAAUACAGGGACAACUUCAACCAAUGGAAUGCAUGAACCUGUCACUGAGUUUAGAAAAGUGCCUAUUGGUGAGCAGGGACCAAUUCUGGGUAAUAUAGAAAACAUCCCACCUAGGGCUGAUGAUGUAGCCACCCCUAACGUUGAGAAAAAAGGUACCAUUCUUGAAAAAGAACUGUAUCUUCUGCAUAUGGAUCAGAAAAAUAAUAUUCUCGAUAACGAACCGUAUUUACCCAUAGGUAGUGAGAAAAACAAUAACAUCCCCGAUAAAGAUCUAUAUGCAGCUAUUAUUGAUAGGGAGAAUAAUAUUGUCCUCAACAAGACACUGAGUGAACCAGUCAAUGACAGAAAGGAAAAUGGAGAGCUUCCCUGCAAGGAACAGGAUGAGUUGGUCACUGGAAAUGAGAACAUUUUUCCUGCUGCUGACACCGAAAGAUCCACUGAUGUACGUUCUGAUGAAACCAGCACACAAAAUAAUAAGCAGUACUGUGAAGUGCGCCUGACUUUGUCUAAGCCCCAACCAGUGAAGAACCGAACUGCAAGACCUUUUGGAACUCAAUCACUGGCUAAAAUCCUCCCACCAGCAGAGAAGAGCCCAGUGGUGGAGCUUCCUCCACCGCCUACCUAUGCAGAAACAUUUUCCAGCCCCCCUCCAGUGACUAGGGUUAGGUCACCUCCAGCUUACUCAGCGCUGUAUCCUAGUCAAGAACAGAAAAUCCUGGUUCCCUCUGAAGCUAGGUAUAAAGACAGCAGCCCAGGACCUCAAUUCAGAGAGAAUAGAGCAUCACCUCCAGAUAAAACAGGCAUUCUGGAAGAAUCUGCAGCCCGCAGAGCAGCUAAGAAGUCCAUGUUCACCUUUGUUGAGAAGCCAAAAAUGGCUCCUAAUCCAGAUCUUUUGAAUUUAGUACAGACAGCAGAUAAUAAAAAGAAGCAGAAAGGACAAGGAGGAGCACUUCCUGAGGAUGAAUCAUUUGCAUUGGGUGCAGAUGCCUCUAACUUUCUAACUGAAGGUAGAUCAUUAGAUGGACACACUCAGACCCUUGCAGAUGCUCCACCAGAAUGGUCUUCAUGUUUAAGAUCACCAAAAAUACAUCCCAAGCCUAAAAUAAGCUCCAACCAAAGCCUAUCAGAGGCAAAAGGAAAGGGGGCAGAACUGUUUGCCAGGAGGCAAUCAAGAAUGCAGAAGUAUGUCAUUGAGGCCCCAUCACAUCCAGCUAUAGCUAGAUCACCUUCACCUACUAUGUCUCUUCCUCCAUCCUGGAAGUAUACUUCAGAAACUCAUCUUUCCCCUGUGGCAUUCCAACCUACACAAAAAAGUCCAUCAAGAUCUCCAAAAGGUCCUCCUGUAUCUUUCUACAACAGCAAUUUGAUAGAAAGAGAGCUGUCCAAAAAGGAGUUGGAAAUCUCCAAGCAACAGCCUUACCAACUUCAGUCUUCCUUGUUUAUUCGUUCCCCAGUCAAAGAGCCCAUGAGAUCUGUCGUCCCCGAAGCUGGCUAUAUGAGACAGGCUUCUUGCUCAACUUCACCUUUGCCACCUUCUGGUCUAUUGCACUCACCUGCCCAGUCCAGCCCAAGCAGAACAUUGCCUGCCCUCUUUGCUCCAUCGCCUGGAACUGUGUUUCCAUUGCAGAAGAUCAGAGCAAGUGCUGAAGCAUCACCAGAAGCAUCUUUUGAUUACUCUUCUAAAAUUUUGUCUCCAAGAGCUAAAGGUGUAUUCCAAGCUCCAAGGCCAUCUUACUCCACCAAGAAUGCAGGAAUUGAGCCUCAGGAGAGAAAAGCAUCCCUACCUGCUUCCCCAACAUGGACUCCACAGCUGAUAAGGCGACAGUCCAGCAGCUUAGAGGGCUGGAUGAGCCCAGCCCAAACUCCAGAAUCUGAGGAAGGACUUACUGAAGCCUUUCGAGCAGCCAGUGUCAUGACUCCACCUCCCCCCAUGUCUCCAUCAUGGAGCGAAAGAUCUCUGUCCCCAUUUCGACAGGAGAUUGACCCAAAGUCCAACCGGCAGAUGCAGGUGCUGUUGGCAAGAAAUAUCAUAAAUGCUGCCCGGAGAAAGAGCUCUUCUCCCAAGAUCACUGGGGUAGAAAACUUCAGGCCCUUCACUCCCCCUGUUGCUUGCCCCAAUGUGUCAUCCACUGGUGGAAGUCCUAAGAAUAUGGGUAAUCAUUCUCCAAGCCCACUGCAAUCACCCAAGCCAACGAGAAUGGAUGGAUACAGACGUGUCUCCCUCCCCAUCUCAGCUGCUCCACCACAGGCUAGUGCAUCAUCAAACAACAGCCCCAGGUUGCUAGGCAUCAAAUCUCCAACCUUUAAAAGCCCACUGCAAUCACCAAAAGCAGUGAGGAUGAAUGGAAACCAAUGCUUCAUGCUGCCUACCAGAACUGGAGCAUCCCAGUUCAAUGCUUCAACGAGCCAUAAUGGCCCAAGUACAAUGGGCACUUGUUCUGAACCCCACAAGGAUCCAGAGCCAGUUCAAAAAGCCACAGUCUUGGAUAGCCAUAGGAUCUUCACAUUGCCAGCCAACACCAGCAGGAUAUCAUGCACCAAUCCGAAAAACCCGGAUGCUGCUUCUCCCACUAUCCAAAGCCCCCUGCUGUCUCCCACAAUGAAGCGCUCCACUUCCAUGUCACCCACCAACUCCGAGGCAUCCAUGGACUCUGAUUGCUCCGGGGUCAAAUCACCCAGCAUCCGGAGCUUCAACAUUUGUCCACGGGGCUGGAAUGGCAGCAUGAGGCUGAAACGGGGAAGCCUCACAACAGAAGCAUCCUGUACCUCCUAAACAUGGGCCAAGAGAUGUGAAUCAAAAAAAAGUUGUGAAAGCUGUUGCCAAAAUAUUUAUGCAAGUCCAUACAUGCAUAAUCCUGCCAACCUAAUUAAGCCCCAGGAGGAGGAAGCGCAUCUGUGAAGAUGUAACACCUUCUCUCCAAGCCUGCCACUUCUCUUCUUGGGGACUUUAGAGAACAGAAUAGGACCUAUUGAUGAGAAACUCUUCUCUCACAACUGCCUGCCAAGGAGGAAAUGUGGCUCAGCCUCCACCCCUGCAGGAGAUCCAUUUCAACAAGAUCCUUGUUAGCUUUCUCCCCACUCUCUUUUGGGGAACAUGCUUGACUUUCCCAGGUUCUGCUUUCUCCUUCUCAGCUAGACUGGAGCCUCCAAGGACUUCCUUGCUUGGGGGAAAUUAGGAAGGAUCUGAUUGCUUUGGUUCCCUCUCUGAAAUAUCCUGUGGGAGAAGGACAUGGAGCCCACAGCAGAAUCCCCUAUGGACUCUCAGUGAGUGGACAGUGAGAGAGGAAAGCCAGCUUUAAGUCCAUGUUUCACUUCCAUGGAACAGUUGCUGUCGUUUUGCUCUACUUUGAUGGAGCUGAUUGUCAGUCGGCUUCCACUGCAACAGCCUGAAGGAAGGAAGGAAGGAAGGAAGCAGAAAAAAGAAUGAGCCAGAAGCCCACUCACAAGUUGUCCUUGGUGCCUCAUAUGCACGGGGUAGCUUUGCCUCCAAGUAUAAGAGCUGACUUUAUAUAAAUCAAAUGAAGUGAAGAAGGUUGUCUUGCAGCCUUUUGUUCUCUGGACGGCUGGGGCUGAGUCCCAAGAGGACGAAGGAUGGAUUCCAGCUACACUCCAAGUAUUCCUCCAUCCAGAUUGGAAGAUGCCACAUAGGAGUACAAAGUGCAGGCGCUUCCAAGCUUCCUGGAAAUGCCACCAAAGCCAGCCAAUCUGGGUUUGUGACAGUGAGGAUGCCCAGGGGUUUCCAGUUAACAUGCAGCAAUGGGGGUCUGUCCCCAGUGACCUCACAACCCUUGCCAUGACUUCAGGGACUGAGUGCACAGUGAGCAAUGGUUCUGGUACCACCAGUCACCAGGAGAGAGUUCUUCCAGUCUCUUCUACUGCUUCAUAGUUUACCAGAUACAAGAAGGCAGAGCUAUCUAACAUAGCCCUCUGGGCAGGAUUAACAAAGGGUAGUCACAACAUUCCUUGGUUAGUAAGCCCAAAGUAAUGCCCCUUCUGCCAACCCCCUUCAGGUAGGUGGAAGCUACCUCCAGUUGCUUCUUGCAUAAGGUUUGGAAAGCAAGAGAUGGAGAAGUAAGCUCAACCCCUGAAAGGGGCAGGAACAAUGUCCCAGCAAAGGAAGUUAUACCCAAGACUCCAGAGAAGUUCAGCAGAGCUGUCCCCUAACCACAGCAACCUAUUAGACACUUCAUGGGCCACUUGACUUUCUCCUGUAUCUAUCUCGGCCCCAGACGUAGAGGCCAAGGCACAGAGGCUGAAGCAAUAGCCUAACUGGGUGGAACAGAAUACAUGUUACAUGCAGAGAAUUCUCUCAUUUGCAUUCUGAGUAACAUUCCACACUAGGAAAGGAAAGGGAAAGUGAGGAGCUGUUGCCUAAAACACACAAAGGUACCAAAAUAUACAUAAGCCAGUGGGGUGGAAGAUCCUAUGUGGAUGAGCUUGCUCAGGCCCCAUUCCUUGCAAUCUACCAAGGACUGCCUAUCAAGGAAAAUAGCAGAUAAACCCAAUAGGCUAAAUUCCCUUCCAGUUUUCCUCUUUCCUCUCUCUUUGCCUUAUCCCCCAGUACUAUGCUCAUAGCAACAUCUACAAGGCAUAGUACUGUGCCUGGUAGCAGCAUCUAUCCACUUACUCCCUCUGUAUAACCAGACGAAACUCCUGAUCUACCUCUGCUGAGCAGCAAAGAAAAACACACCUUGUAUCAUCAUUGUCUUUAUUGUUCAGCAUCCAGAAUGAAGGAUUUCGUGAAAUGUAAGAUAUGCGUAUACGGGCACAUUUCUCCUCUGGGUGUUACACUGGACCUCUAUAACUGGCUUCAUUCAUUACAUUAAGCCACAAAGCAGUGUCCUUGGUUGUGUGAUGCGUGAGCCCAGUUUGAGUGUAUGAUAACUUGUUCUGUGCUGUACCUUGCCAUGAUCCUGCAGAGUAGAAGUGUUCAUCCUUGUUUGAAUGGAAGUGGCUGACUGGAGCAGGGUGGCUGGGGAAAUAGGUCUCUUCCCACUGAACAAAAUAAUUCAGACAAGUCAAGAGAAGAGACCAGGGGAGAGGAGUAGUUUAUACAGAUUCCACAGCACAAUUGUCCCUUGCUUUCCUUGGUGGUGUGCUUAUCCUGCCCUCUCCAGUCAUAGAAAUAGAAUAGGAAUUGCUCUGCAGUAUUUGUGUCCAAAGUCCCAGAUGAGUUACCUAUAAGAAUUCUAGGCAAAGAGAUAUUAACAAUGUGUUUUGUGAUCUGGAGUCUAGCCAGCGUGAGCAAAGUGGGCCCUGCAUAUGUAAAAUGUCCUCCACACAUGGUUUCCUCUUACCUCUCAGUUCUGGCCACCUAUGUCUUGCCCAUUUUCUCUCUGGCUUAUAUGCUGUGUGAUAUGGUGUCAUCUAGCUAAUACAUCAGCUGGCCUUGGCAUGGACUGUGUCGUAUCAGGUGUUUCCCUACUUGCCCUUCAUUCAGCAGUCACCCUCUAUUUUUAUCCUGUAACCUUUAAGAACAUUUAUUUAGUAUUAAUUCAAAUGGAGCCAUGGGCACCCUCAUCUUUGUUUUCUUCUGAUCAUGCAAAGCUUAUGUAGGAGAUGAGAUGGAGGAGGCUCUGGGCUGUGGGUACCUUGGAAACAUACCAGCAUAAACUCAGCCAAGCUUACCACAUAGCCCUUAUAUUACAUUUGCUUUAGCAGUAUAAAUUCCCUGCAGGAACAUUUUGAAGUUUUCCUUUUAAGGGUGAGGAGAAGUGAGAUACUGGGGCCAAGCUGGUCUAACAAGCAAACACUCCUGAAGUCUUGUGAAACUCAAGGCCUUCAGGUUUAUAUGAUAUACAGAGCAAAAGAAUCAGGAAAAAAUGGGAUUACUACAUCCAGGCAUUUUCAGAAAUAUGGAAAAUGUUUAUGUAGGGGAGGAAUCAUAGAUUACUGAUGGAGUAGAAAUGCUUGGCUUGCAGUAAAUUUAGUCCCAGCAUUUCCAACUCAGGCUGUGAAAGAGUCCAAUCUGAAGCUCUAGGGAGCAACUAUCAGUCACUGAGGUUCUUCCCCAGCAUACUGCCUUCUGACAUGUUAGACCUCAACUCUUUCAAUUCUCAGCUAGCUCAUCUAGAAGGGACUUGGUUGAGGAAGGCUUUGGUAAAUAAUCAUGAGCUUGACAAGCAUGUGGUUCCUAUGUGCACAUAUCAUGUUCACAUAUCAAGGUGACAUUUUUGCAUGGAAGCUUUAUAUAGUCAUUCAGCCCUAGUGCCCUUACUCUUCUCAAUCCAUGGUAGGAAGAGCCAGCCAACUCACAUCUAGACUUCCUCCUAAUAUCAUUUAGGAAUUUGGUCACAAAGCAAAAUACAGAUUCUCCUGCUGCUGGAAGGACCCAUCCUCUGCCUUGACUAAGAAGAGUGGAAGAAUUCAAAGAAUAAUAAAAAACACCCAGUGCUACAAAAUAGUUGCUACCCUGCCACUGCUUGGCUUCUUGGUACUUUGCUGCUACUCCGGUUUCCCCUGAGAAAUGGCAAGGGAGAGAAUCACACACUGAACCCUGCCACUAGGACACUAUCUGGCCAAAGCGAUCCAUUUCAUCCAACAGGCAGGGGGCAUAUGGAACAUCAAGGUGUCAUUCUCAGCACUAGGAGGACAGCCAACACGUUUAGAGAAACAGAAAAGGGGGGGGGGAGAGAGAGAGAGAUGACAAGGAAAGGCCAAUGGCACCCUCUAGGGCUUCAUGGCAUCAAGUGCAAGGUUUUAUCCUUAGAAGAAAGGGAAAAUAAAUCUGCCAUUGAGAACGCAGAGCUUAAGAGUAAGAUUGUUGAGAAGAUCUUGGUUAGUAAGAUGAAGGAAAUGCUGCAUGUCAAGUGUUAAGAGUACGAGAAGGUGUUCAAAAGAGGUAUCAAGAAUCUGUAAAGGCCAUUUUUCUCCCUGAUCCAUGAAAUCUUGGUUGCUGUUCACAGCUUAAGGAAGCAAAAGCAGAGCUUGGCCCAGGAAACUGAAAAACAUGAAAUAGAGUCUCAAGAGUCCCACCUUCCUGUUUUAUUCCAGGAACAAAGCCCCAUCUUCCCUUAAGUGGGGGACUGGUAAAAAGGCAGCCAUGAGGCACGCUUGUUCUUCUGAAUACUGGCAGUGUAAAAUCUCUGUGUCUUCAGAUUCUGUGUGUAAAUAGCAACUGGGACUUCUGUCAUGAUGACUCUGCAAUACAGUGGAUAUCCAUAUUUCCAAACUGUUAAGUUAAUGGAUGCAGUUUGAUAAUAUAUUAUGAUGCCUUUUCCCCUUUGGUUAUUUUCUAUUACGGGACUAGCUCAUUUAUCAGACAUGCCUUAUUUCACAGAAAUAUAUCCCAUGUGUACAGGGGGAUAGCAAGUUGACUUAAGGGCAUAUUAAAUAUUUGUAUGACCCCUCCCCUGCUAACUUAUAGUGCAAUCCUAUACAUAUUGUCUCAGAAGUCGCCUUUUCUCUAGUCCCCCAUACAGGUAUGUAAGAUUUCAUUCUACGAUAUUCAUCCACCACUGCCCUGUAUCUAAAGGAGAGGCCAUACCUACUUUGCACACACCUGAACUCCGUUUUUGCUGUGAGAAAUCCCAAAAGGCAGGAUUUAUUGCUGUGUUUUCAUGAGCAAAAUGGUUUCUUGAUUUAGAUCUGCCUGUACAGCAAAGGUGCAGUUUCUGUUCAUGUCACUGUUUUUCUAGGGUUGUCUUCCAGAAAAUAAUGCACAAAAGGUUGGAGGCAUUAUUAUCCUUACUCUAACAUGCUGAUUGUGUCAAAACUGAUGGCUGAGUUCCUCCGAAUCACAGAAGAAUUGAGCAGGUGGAAAGAUGUAGUUAAUUAAGGCUACAAUUCUGUACAGGUGGUCCUCAUUUAGCAAAUAUUGGUAUCAUUUAUAAUUUUAUUGAAUUUUAAAUUGUUUUUACUGUGAACCGCCCAGGGUCCCCCAUGUGGGGGAGAUGGGCAGUGAUAAAAAUCUGAUAAAUAAAUAAUAAAUAAUAAAAUAACUGCCUUGUUUAGCUACCAUUCGUGGUUACAAUGGCGAUGAAAAAGUAACUUUACAACCAAUCUUCGCAUUUACGACCUUUGCAGGUCUGUAAAGCAAAGGAAAAUUGAAGUAUGAUUGUAAGCACAGUUGCAGUUUCACUUAGUGACUGCUUUGCUUAAUAACUGAGUUGCUGGUCCCAAUUGUGCUUGCUAAAUGAGGACUACCUGUAUACACUUUGCUUGGAGUAAGGCUUUUUGAAAACCAGAGGACUUACUUAUAAGGAGACAAGGGUAAACUUGUACUACAGAUGAUGAUGAUGAUGAUGAUGCACUUAGGGGCCUUGGGGACAAUUUACACCUUUUUGACUUGUGAGUCAUCUUAUUUCUGAAUGUAUCACUGAGAGCAUGUAAGGCUUGCUGUAUCCCUUCAUCUGAUACUGCUUGCAUCAGCACCAUGCCAUACAUCUAUAUAAAAAGCUCCAAAAUAAAUCAGACAUUAGCCCAUACAGCCUGGUUAUCAAUCAUGCAUCAUUUUGGAAUUAAACUUUGUUAUGCCGAAAUACA